AUGGGGGAGGAUAACGAGAAGGAGUCAUUGAAUCAGGUGAAGCUGAAAAGGCGCAUCGGCCUUUUUUCAGCAUGCGGAAUUAUAAUAUCCGUUAUUGUCGGCUCCGGAAUCUUCGUAUCGCCAAAAGGAGUUCUUAUCGAAUCUGGAAGCAGCGGAAUGGCAUUGAUCAUCUGGUUUUUCUCUGGAGUUUUCGCUAUGGUCGGAGCUAUUUGCUAUUCCGAGUUGGGAACUCUCAUACCAAAGUCUGGAGGAGAUUAUGCUUAUAUCUAUGAAGCGUUCGGCCCGCUUCCGGCUUUUCUGUUUCUCUGGGUCGCUCUGGUUAUUAUUAAUCCAACAUCGCUGGCGGUUAUUGGAAUCACCUGCGCCACCUACGCUUUGCAGCCAUUCUAUUCUUGCCCGAUUCCUGAAACCGUCAUUAAUUUGCUCGCCGCCGCAAUUAUUGCGUUUUUGACGUUCAUCAACUGUUUGAACAUGAAAGCGGCGACAAGAACGAACAACUUCUUCACUGUCACCAAACUUCUGGCAUUGACUCUCAUCGUUGUGUGCGGAAUCAUUUUUCUGUUCAAAAGACAAUGGGAGAAUCUUCAAAUGCCCGAUAUUGUCGAAGGAAGUCAAACGAAACCGUCGGCAAUUGCCAUGGCCUUCUAUUCGGGCGUUUUCUCAUUCUCAGGAUUCUCCUAUUUGAAUUUUGUCACCGAGGAAUUAAAGAAUCCGUUCAAAAAUCUGCCACGAGCCAUUUACAUCUCCAUUCCGGCUCUUACAAUAAUUUACAUGCUCGCGAACAUCGCCUACUUUUCAGUUCUCACUGUUGAUGAGAUUUUGGACUCAAACGCUGUCGCGAUAACGUUCGCUGAUCGUGUGAUGGGGCCAAUCGGCAGCAAAAUCAUCAUGCCCAUAUUCGUCUCAUUCUCGUGCAUCGGAAGCCUCAACGGUAUUCUCAUCACGUGCUCGAGGAUGUUCUUCUCGGGCGCGAGAAACGGCCAACUUCCCGAAUUGUUUGCGAUGAUCGCGAUCAAGCAGCUCACGCCGAUUCCGUCGCUCAUUUUCCUUGGCGGCACUUCAAUCGCGAUGCUGUUUUUCGGCAACGUCUUCGAGCUCAUCAACUAUCUAUCGUUUGCCGAAUCAUUGGUGGUGUUCGCCUCUGUCGCGGGACUCCUCAAACUGCGUUUCACAAUGCCGAAAGAGAUUCUCGAUUCCAGACCGAUCAAGAUUAGUCUGUUUUGGCCGAUCUUGUUCUUCCUUAUGUGCUUGUUCAUCCUCAUCUUCCCAUUCUUCCACAACAACCCCUUCGAGCUGGUUUGCGGUGUCUUUUUGGUUUUGUCUGGAAUUCCAGUUUACCUGGCGUUUGUGAAGAACACAUGGCGGCCGAAAUUUUUCGAGAACAUUUGGAUUGGAUUCACCCAUUUUGUCCAGAAAAUCUUUUAUUGUAUUCCAGAGCUUUCACAAUAA